AUGGCAAAGAUGCUGCAGGGCUACGCUGAGGGCCUCAGCCUGCGAUUCAGACAGAUGAUGCACUCGAAAGUCGAGGGCUUGUUUAAGCAGCUGGGCGUGCUGCAAACCGAUGGCCCAAGGUUUCUCAGGGACCUCCUGCUGCCGAUGCUCACUGCGGACACUGCGGCCGAGAUGCGCCCGCUUCUUGCUGCCACGCAGAGGGCGCGGCGGAUCCUGGCAGACAUGAAGCCGGAACAGAGGAAGAGCAUGAUCGGCAUGCUUCGCGAGAAGAUGUGGGUGGCAGUGGGCGUCUUUGACAGUAGCUCUGGUCAGUUGCGCACUCUCCUGCAACCGGUCCGAGUUUCCAAAACUGCCGUGCACAUCCAGCCCUUGCCCGUGACACUUCGCACGCAUUGGGCUGGACCACCUUGGCUGACCCCGAGCCAUUUGUACAUCGCGGCUGAGGACCAGCCGGGCAGCUUCACAUGGGCGCAGUUUUGGCAGGAAUUGGGCUGCUGGCCUGCAGUGAGCGUGGAGGCUCCUGACCCUGGUCCAGGACAAAGCGCCGACUUCGCUAACAUCCUGCGCACCCUCGAGCGGAUCUCCUCCACGCCUUCUUUGGGCGCUGCAGUGGCCCAGAAGGGAGCCUGUGAAGUGGUGGCCUUGCUGGCGCCACAUGGCCCUUUCUACGCGAAGUAUUUUCCAGCCAACAAAGACGCCGUUGCCAGCACUGUUGUGCCAGCGUCGCUUGCCCGAAUGUUAUGUACCUCGCCAUGGCUACCUGCAUGGUCAGCAGAUCGGCUCCUGACGCCUGGGGAUGGCUGGGUCCCCGUGACGGGGCGAGGUGAAGAAACGGCUCGUAGCUGUAAGUUUCUGGCCAGCAGCUGUUUUCAUAGCAGCGUCCAGCAGCUGGCGGAGAAAUGGCCGUUUCUCGACCUUGCCAAGACCCCGACUGCCAAAAUCAUCGUGCGCACCCUCAAGUACCACUCAAGUUCACCGGAGCAGGUUUGGAGCAUCAGGGAGAUGGCCAAGGUUUACAAAGCACUGUGGUGGGCAUGCUACACGGAAAGCAUUUGGUACACAAGUCCGGAGUUGGGAGAGCAGCCAUCGCCAGCAGCAUGUGAGGUUCGACAUCACUUGAUUCAUGAGCCAUGGAUUUUUCUGCCCAACCACAGGCGAGGCAGUCUUAAUGCCAGUCACGAGGAGCAGGGCACGUUUUUGCCGGCAAAGUCCUUGGCGUUGUAUGACCGGUCUGGCUUGCUCAGUGAUCGCCAGUUUGACGGAGUCAGUGGCGACAUGGUCUGGACAGUUUCUCAAAGUGUCUGCUCGCGAACUGUCAAGGAGCACUACAAAGACCCGGAUGUUCGGGCAUUGUUUAGGGAAUGGGGAGUUCCUUCUGAAUUUGGGUGGGACGUGUACCUGGAUGUGCUGCGGACGGUCGACGGACUUGUGAGUGCAAAGAGCCAGGAUCACGUGUGGGAUCAAGAUAAGACUCUGCAUGAGAUUGUCUGGCGCGUUGUCGCCAUUUUGGGAAAACUGCCAAUCGAUGAAGAUGUCGACGAUGCUGAAGCCCAAGGCGAAAAUGCCGAUGCCGGUGAACAGGUCGAGCCAGAGGAGGAUGUGGAUGUGACAGAGACGGCAGUUUUGCGCCAGUUUGUCGAGGCGGCCAAGGAGCUCCGAAUUGUUUGGACGUGCUCCCGCCGCUUUCGAAAGCCCAGCGAGGUUCCCUUCAUCGCAGACACCAGCAGGUGGCAGGAGCAGGCAAAGCACUUCGCAGCCUUCGUCCCAAAGGUGAAGAGCAACAUUGCCAACGGCUGGCUUUGUCUGGGUCUGCGCCGCUGGGAUCCGUGGAGUACGUGCCAAAGCAUCCUCCCCCAGCUGACAGAACAGGACGCUCGCGAAGCAAAGCUUGCCAGAGCCAUUUACUUGGCGGGGGUCCGAAGUGCUUUGAUGAAGUACGAAGCGCAGCACAAGAACCUGGGCGAGAGCGAGAGGAUGUGUAUCCGGAAAGCCUGGCAUCUGGCAGUUUCGGUGAAGUUUUACGUUUGCGGCGGCCAGGCCCGUGAAGAGUCCCUCCUCGCCCAGCAAGUGGUUGCUUUGCCAUUGAGCAGGAUUCAAUCGGGCGGAGCUGCAUUUUUUGCAGACAGCCCAAGUGGCACAGCGCUGGUGUCGAUGCGAGAAGAUCUUGUGGUGGCACAUGUCGACAAGCCCAUCAGCAAGACGUACCUGGCGGGCUUCAUACUGUCGGAGGGCCGCCGGCAACUUGCCAUUGCCCUCAGCGCGCCACCGAAGACGUACACCGCCGACGUCCUGCAAAAGCACCCAGCCGAAUUCUCCGAGCUCCUCUUCGUGGAGUUGCCCCACGUAUGCGAUGCCCACCCCGUGCCAGAAGCACAGCUGGCGGCCCUGCAAAAGGAGGCAGCCAAGAGCCUGGCGAACAUUGCGUGGGACGUGUGGUCAUUCCAGAAAGGCCCGCGGCUGGCGAGAGAUGCCAUCCAGGUGGUGGAGGAGUCUUGCAGAAGGGUGGGCGAAAAAUGCAGAUUGUCGCGAACCGAGCAACGGACGUGGAGUUUGCAGACUGCGUUGGAUGUCGAUCCGGAAGAGGCUUGGCGGCGCCUGCUGGCAGGAGAAGACUUGUUUCAGAAUGGGCAAGACGAGGAGGACGAGGAGGAGGGUCCGAGCACUGCAAUGCCCGCGAGGGGGACAGAUUUUGCCGGAGCGGAGGGCACUACCCCAGCCCGGGCAGCCAAUGGCCCCGCACGCCCUCCGCGGGACGAGCCGGGCGAGGAUGACGGGCUGAGCGCGAGCGACGAGGACGGAGAUGCAGGGAACACAUUUUUCGCCCCUGAACCUUUCAACCCUUCCUUGUUGCCGGAGAUGCAGGGAACACUCUUGGCCUCUUAA